AUGAGGGUACGGAAAGAGGAUAUGGGCUCAGGGCCCUUCAGGAGGUCAUCCCCAGUGCCAUUCAAGCUUCAUCCCAGUGUCCUGAAUAGCACAGGAGCCUUUGUCAGUGACCUUCCUCAGGACAUGAAGAAUGGAAGAGCUACUGCAGAACAGGAGAAGAGCCAACGUCUUGAUUUAUACAUGGAAGAGAAGAGAGUGGGCUCUGAAAAUGAUGAGCCAGUGCCACUUCCCCAGGGUCUCCCACCUCAUAAAGAGGGGCCCGGCUGCCGGCCCCUGCAGACUGCCAGCCGGCCGCUGCCUGGAGGCGUCUUCUCUCGCAGCCGCCGGGCAGGAUGGGACAAACUGCAGGAGACGCUGCUGGGCCUCGAGGAGGGUCUGGCCUGCUCCAGCCCGGCCUUUCUCUCCUCUUGGGACUGGAAGGACAACCCGGGCUCCUUUGCCCUGGGCCGGGCGGGCUCCCCUCAGAGCCUGUCUCCCACACCAUCCUUUGCCUCAUCUUCCUCGCCUGCGCACCCCGGGGCGGCCGGCCUGGCCUGUGGCCACAGCGCCGGCGAGGGUGGCAGCGGCGGGGGCGGCAGCCUGGUGACCUGCGGCAUGCUGGCCUUCCCCUCCCCCUACCUGCAGAGUCCCGGCCCCGGCAAGGCCCCGAAGGGCACCAAGGUCAGGAUGUCAGCCCAGAGGCGGCGGAAGGCCAGCGAGCGCGAGAAACUGCGGAUGAGGGCCCUGGCUGAUGCCCUCCACACCCUGCGCAAUUACCUGCCCCCGGUCUACAGCCAGCGGGGUCAGCCUCUCACCAAGAUCCAGACUCUGAAAUACACCAUCAAAUACAUCGGGGAGCUCACAGACCUCCUGAACGGGGCUCAGCGAACCUAG